CGGGGAACAGGAAGGAGGACGGGCGCGGGCCGGCUGACUGUGCGGUUAGGUCGGGCCGUGCUGGGCCAUGGCGCUCAGCAGGAAGGAAGUGUUCAUAAAGAAAGUGCUGAAACGCCUCUAUGCUGAAACUUCAUCUUCUCCUGUGCAUGAUUCGAGUGGAAAAGAGGAGGCGGUUCUCAUAAAUCUGGGCUCAAAAUCCAAAGAGAAUGAUUUGGAAAAUGUUCAGGCUUUGUCAACAGAUGCUAGUACAUCAAGUGGGACACUCAGCAAAUCAUCUCGAGGUAGUGUCACCACAAUCUUGCCUCCAAGGAGAGUGUACACUGUGAGUCCUCCUCCUGAGGGCUACGUUGCAGCUAUUCCAGGUACUGAUAACACUACAGUUUCUGAAAACUCCGAGGGUAGUGCUGACUCUACAGAGGAGGAACAUGAAGUACAAACCAAGAGAAAACGCAUUCGAAGAAAGAAACUAAAGAACAGUUUACAAGAUUCUAAUGAUUUACAUGGAGAACAAGUAGAAUCUGGAAUGCGGGAGACUCUUGUUCAAGAUAAUUUACAUCUGCAGCAGAUAGACAGCUCCAAAAUCAGCAAAAACAAAAGGAGAAAAAUGAAAAAGAAGCGACAGAAAGAAAAAAUGAGAGCAGCUGGCUUGCUAACAAAAACUACCGGUGUGGAUUUUACAUAUCAGCCUGACAAAAGCAACAGAGAAGGAGCAGCAGACUUGAAAGACACAGAUGAAAAGGCAGAUAGUAUUCUGGAUUUCUUGCAGGCAACACAGCAAAUUUAUUUUGCUGACAAUAAAUCAAAAUGCACAGAUUCUACUGUAAAUUCAGCUGCUCAAGGGCUUUUACAGUGUCUUGAAUCUCGCAACAUAUCUUCUUCAGAUCUAACUCUUCUACAUCAGAUGAAAUCCCUUAUAUUGCUACAGGAUAUUGACAGACUGAAGGAUGCUUUGAAACAAUUCCAAGAACAUUCCGUGAUGCCUCCUGGGACUGAAAUUCAACAAAGACUUAGAAAUAAUGGUUAUCCCCCUGCGGAGAAUGACACCUGGGUAUAUAAGGUUGCUGCAGACUCAAGCUGCAGGAAAGAUAGUUAUCAACUCAUCGGACGUACUGCUGCAACGGGCAGCCUUGCUCCUGGGCACGCUUGGGAUCAGUCUCUCCAGCUACAGUACACACCAGCUGGCUCAACAGAAGAGACUUUCUGUGACCCUUUAAGCUGUGCUGAGAUGUGACCUGAGAAGUAAAUGCUUGUGUCAAUAAUGCUGAUGAGUAGCUUUUCUGUCUCCAUUGCUGGUGUGGAGGUAAUGAGACACGUUACAGCCUCGAUUUCUACAUGCAGAGUUAAAAAAGAUGAAAGAAUACAGACUUCUCCAGGGAAGAAAAAAGUAUCAUGACUAAUGGAAGUCAGAUUUCCAGGAACUUGUAAAUACAGUGGAUCUCGGUGGUCUCAUGAGGUCCCUUCCAACCCCUGCAGUUCUGUGAUUCCUUGAUUUUGUUUGUUAUCCAGUGUAUACAUAAAGAAACAUCCAAAUGUAUAUAAUACAGUUUAAAUCAGAGUAGAUGUAAGCAGAUGGAUGAGGGUGCCGUGCUUGUUUGGCAUCACCUUGCUCCUGCUUUAGCAAAUUGACUCCUAUAUGAAGACUGGUUUUGAAAAGGAAAGUCAGAAACAAUACAUUCCUCAUGAUAAGAGUCAAACCAGAUAAAGAGAAUCUUUCAUAGGCUGUUUGUAUGUUUAUGUCUAACUAGAAAUACACGUCUGUGUGAGUUACAGGAAUUGUGCACUCUAACUGUUAACACUGAAUCUUAAACUUUUCAAUGCCUUUUGUAUAGAAAUGUGUGUGCGUUGUAGCACAUGCUGAUUUCUUUGUGCAGCAGCAGAGAUGGCUGAAGGCUCUGCCAUCACUACAUUGCUGGAAAGGAACCGUGACAGCAGUCCAGAUGACUUUGUAAUCCUGCACAGAAACCCUCUACUCUAGAAAGGAUCAGUAAAAAUUUUGGGCUGAGUCUUGUUGUAGAGCUAAACAUCUGAUUGUAUUCCUCUGCAGAAACCCUCACUGCAAAAUAUGCAUGCUGAUUAAAAUAGAGAUUAACCUUC